CGAGGGAAGCUCAGUUCUCGUUAGCCUUUCGUUCUGUCCGGGUCGGCACGAAAAAGUAUCCGCCAGGAUUACACGUGAAAAACAUUUCUCCACAAGCCGGAACAGCUUCUAUUAACUGUAUUGCCGCCACCUCUGCCAUCACAAUCGUCAGUACUACUACUACUACCACUACUACUACGCCAACUGUCGUUAUCAGUGUUGUCGGCGGUAGGUUUUUCGUUGAGAUCUCUCUGUAUCUGAAUCUCUGUGAAGAAGCUGCAGUGGGUGGUGGCGUUUGGGUGUUGCCUACAUGUGCUCCAAAGUAUGUAAUCCCAGCAGUAGCCGCCAGCGUCAGUGGUAUGUAGACGAGGUACAUAGACGACGCAGCAGCAGCAGCAGCAUCAGUAUCAGCGAGCGUACAAUGCUUGGAAAAGAAAAAAGAUGCGAGCUGUGGGUGCUUUCGUAGAGGAUAUUCGGUGGAAAUUGUGACAGGCCGCAGCAGCUCGCAAAACGGAACGGGAAAAUUGAUUUUCUUAUCAGUAUCGCGAAGGCGUCCAGACCAGAAAGUAGUUCAAAUCGAUCGAACCGUGCGUGAAUGUUCCGACUAGUGACAAGUCAUUUGAGAGAAACGGUAACACCCAACUGCAGUGGGACGAUCAUGUAAAAUCCCCGCAACAAGUACAUUUCGGUCGUUACAGGAUUGAGCGGAAAAUCGAUUCCGAUUAGUAAAGUGUUUCCUCGCUCCGAUGUGCCUCCGGGCUGUGUGCUGCUGAUCAGGCAAGCAAAUUUCCGUCUGUGUGCAGUUGAUGUUAUCCGCGUUUGACGUCAGCAGCAUUUUCAGGCCGAAAAAUGUGAAAACGAAACAAAAAGGUGGAUAAUAAUCAAUACAAAUAUUUAAAAAUAAACAAAAUAGGCAUUUUACAUCAACUAUUCGAGUGCGGAGCUGAGAGUUUGUCACGCAGCUGGGUGAAAUCAAUGAAGUCCCGGCCAACGGACUGCUAAGAAUACAACUAUAUUACAGUGUUGUGACCAGUGGAAUAGCAUAUGUACAAAAAAAAUAAAAAAUAAAUAAAAUAUAAAAUAUAAAAAGGAGCAGUGUCAAGGAGGCAACGCUUUUUUCGAUACAGCAAUUCACGAUAACAGUGCGAGGUGCAGUGAGGAAAUAACCCUAAAAUCGAUAGCGAAUACGCCAAGGUAUAUAACAAAAAGUUUACGGUAGUGGGCGGAAAUGGCGCUAAAGUGUGAAGUGAAAGAGUGAAGCAGCAGUGAAAUGAAUAUUUAUGUUCAUCAUAGUCGACGAAUUUUGCACCGUCGAGAUAAAUCCGAAAAUGUGGCGUUCGGCGUUGGUAUUUUAGUUGCUGAGCUAGCUCCGGUAGGUGCAAUAUAAAACAACUCCGAUUUCUGGCAAUGGACUGCUGCAGUAGCAAUUACAUGGAGUACAGGCAUUCCAUCAAUAAUAACUUCUGCUAUCCAUAUUCGCCCGGGAUGAUACGCGGUGCAUCCCCAUAUCCAGUGGGAGGUCCCGCGGGGAGCAAUCGAUACGACUAUCGUGGCGGGUACUACGAUAGUUUUGAGAAGUACUACGAUUACCAUAGUGGUCCAAAUCAUGGCUACGGGGGCCACUACUACGGGAACUACUCAUCGUUUCGAGAUUUUAGCUACAACGAUUACUACCACGGAGCUUCGGCGGUGACUUCGCCUUCGCAUCCACUGGCUGGCCUAGGAGCCUACCAUGGACCUCAUAUUUAUAAUCGCCAAUCGCUUCCGUUUCCCUUCCAAAGAGAAUCCGCAUACCAACAACGGGAUCAUCAUCAAUAUGCGAAUUUUAGUAAUUACUCCGGUAAUCCGUACAAAGCAGAUACCAGCGAUAGCACAACUAGUCCGUUGGCCAACAGUAAUAACAACAACAACAACAGUUCCAACGGCACCAGUAACAAUAGCAGGAACAAUGGUGAUUGCUCUCUAUUUGGCGUGCCGAACGGAUAUACGCAUAGCCCGGAAUAUUCGUAUGGCUCCGGUAGUCCCAAUCACUCUCACCACCAUCUGCACCCACACCACAGUCCCGGAGAGGACGGUGGAAUGGGUAGAGGCUAUCCAUCCGCUGUGCCGAAUGCAACAGGAUUCCCCCCAAACAUAAAAGAUGCAAGAAUGCGAAAGUUGAAAGAGCGCAAACUGGUAAACAAAUCUCCCUACUGCAACAGUCCCAACGGUGGCCAAAAUAGUGUCUGCAGCAGCCCGAACCCCGGUAGUAGCGGGAGCAGCGGUAGCAACAGUAACGGCAAUGUACGAUUAAAAUCAGUGGAUGCACUCCCGAAUGACAAAUACGAUCAGGAAGGCAUCAUCAGCUCACCAUCCAUCAGUCGGCAUCCUUCACCUGGCAAAGCGACCAGCGGAGGCCGAAGUAGUUCGGGCGGUAGUCCACCGAAGCGAUCGAAAAAACAAAGUGUGAGGCGUGCGGUAGACUAUGAAAGAGAAGGAAAAUCGAACGAACCAGGCAGUUCCAAUAACUGCAAUCCGUUGGUUCUUCCAUCUGCAGGAGAUAAGAACGUAACACCGCUCCCGGGCUUCCAGCAGGCGUUCGGUUCAACGGAAAUCGGUAAGUUCUCCGAAGCCUUUUUCAACAGCAGUCCGGAUCCAAAUGAUAUCCAUCAGGAUAACCAGCAGCAUCAGCAUCAUCAUCAUCAUCAUCAUCAGCAUCAGCAAUUGAUGAUGGACUCGCUGACAGCUUGUGAAUCCGACGUCGAUACGCUCAGUCCGCAGCCGUGGGAACAACCAACCGGUCCCGGUGAUCCGUUUGACGGCUCAACCGGUUUUAAUCUGCAGAUCGGCACCAGCUUCCAUCCGUCGUACUACGAAUCUCCAUCCUACUCCUCCGAUCAAGCAGUGGACUCUCCGCUGGGAAACUAUUUCAGUGAAAUGACCUGCAAUGAGUUUGUAAAUUAGGUCGAUAAUCAGUUAACAACUUGUUAGGUUUCCUGAACAUUGAAUAAUUUGUAGUUUUCCGAUUCUGUAAUGUAAUCAGCUAUUUCCAACAAAUUAUAAGUCAACCGAAUUUUUUCGAUAGUUAGGAAAGUUGCCGCUUAUCAAGAUAAAUCAGUUUUUGAUAGUUCCAAGAAUCAGAACUUGAAUAGGUUAUUUUUUUUGCAAGCCACCAAACCACUGUAAAAAAAAAAAAUUAAAAAAAUCUGCUUCUGAUAAACCGUUUUCAAAAAUCUAAAUGUGUGCUCGUCAUGAAAUAAAUACUCAUAGAUAUUAUAUCAUUGUGCUCCAAGCAUAACGUCUGAGUGAAAAUAUCUCGCCAAAAAUCAGUAGAACAGUUUAGUUGGUUAGAGUUAUUGUAAAAAAAAUAUUCUGGCGUUUUAACGAAACCGAUUGCAGAUAAACAUGUUUUCAUUGCAAACGUCACAAUUGAUGGAUCGUAAGAUGUGCAAAUAUAUAAUAAAACACUCCUUAUUAUUGAGAAGAGUUUUCUAAGUGUGACACGAUGCGAUGUCUUACAACUGUUCAAGAAUCGGUCAUAGUGUGAAUACUGUAAAUAGUAGAGGAUCAUAAAAGGCUACUGAAAUGUAGGCCAACCGAUUGUUCGAAUAAUUGUGCCACAUGAAAAAUUUUUUGUUCAAAAUUCAUGUUUGUACCAACAACGUUUUCGGAGGUAAUUGUAUAUUGUAAAUAAUCGUAGAGUAAAUUGUCAGGGUCUAAACCGUUCAUUACGAAGAGCAACGAAGAUAUCUUGUUACCCAGUUAGUUCAGAGGUUGACAGAAUCAGAAGGCAAUAAUGUGGCGUCAUUUAUAGAUUCAGUUUCAAAACAUAAUUGAUGGUCGACAAAUCACUGACAGCAAGGAAUGAAAGGCUCAUUAUUGUAGCAGAAAUUAAGAUCAAUUCAAGCUUAUGUGAAAUCAAAAAAACAUUAUGGACUUUAAAAACAUUCAAAAAAAAAUCUGUUAGAUAAAACACGUGGUAAGCUGUCGUCAAAAUGAUACCGAUAACCGUAUUUUUCGCACAAAAGCACUUUAUGAAAUAGUUUUAUUUAGAUUCUUAUGAAUGUGAAUUUCAUAUACGUGGCAGCGACUUUACAAGUGGGUAAAUGCCAUAACUUCUGCCCGUUUUUUUGAGUUUAUUAAAAAAUUUUCAUAGAAACUGAAACGUUAAUCAGAGCGUAUUGUUUACCUCUCAACUGAAAAGCUUCAUCAGUUAUCAAGCUCAUUUAACUAUUAUGAAAUCUGGUUCUUAUCGAUUUGUGAUUCACGAAUGACACUAACAUAAGUAGUUGUUUUCUACUUAAUCUCUGAAUGAACGGCUGCAAGCGAAAUAAUGUAUCAUGCUAAUUUUACAGUGCAGAAUUCGAAUAAAAACUCCAAGUGCAAGCAUAUAUGUAGAGCCGUUAUGACAACAUUAGCUAUAAAACAGUUUUCGUAUCGUAUCCGAUAAAGAAGCGGCUGCGUCAAAGAACUAUCCGUCAAAGAACUUCGAAAAUCAGAACUUAAAAUUGUCUCGUAUUUUCAAUGAAAGAGUACAACCCAAAAGCCUCAUAUUCAUUUUAUACUGUCUCAUUUGCGAUUAGCAUUCAAAAUAAACGAAUAGUGAGGAAGCAUUUUCGUCUGUCACUUCAACAGAAGCGAGUGCCAAUGCCAACAUCACUCGUUUUCCUACGACAAAACGAAACCAAAAUAUCAUUUGCAUUAAAGUUAAGCCCAAUUCAAAUCUUGAAUAUCUGUGAAGUUUGGCUACAAAGAUAUUAAAGUUUAGCUAAAAUAUGGCGAAUCAAACUUACGAGAACUUAUUCGGAAACCAAAACUACCAUAAAUACCAGCACCAGCAAGUAAAAAAAAAGGGCAACGUUUUCUGUCAAGGAUUCUCGAAGCUUUGGUUGAAUAUCGAUACUGCGAUUUUCAGAUUGGGAUCUUAUGUUUAAAAAAAUAAGAAUCCGUAUAUGUGCGAAAAAAUCCGUAGGAUUUGUAUCGCUAAUAAUCGCUGGAACACGCAUGUAAAUUUAUACAUUUCCAUUUCUCUUGGUCGAACAGGAGUAAUUUAAUUCUGAUUGCAAUAGUAAAAUAUUGAUCAAUAAAGUAAUAUAUAUAAACUUAUAAGUUACAUCGAAUCGAUUAUGAGUUGAGUCCAUAAUUUCUCUUCUAAGGGAAUGUGGACAGGUUUCUUAUUAUAAAAAAUGCGACUUUAGCUAUCUUUACUCUGAACACCCAAUAUAUCUUUUUUUGUAGUCUUGGUUUCCAUCGAAACUAAAUUCAUCUCAAAGCUGAUUGAUUGAUAAGUAAAGGUCCGAGUGCACAGAAAAGUUAGCUAAUGUGAUAAUUAAAGUCUCAGAUAAUUGACGACAGCUGUUCGUUUGGAAUGACCAGAGAUGCCAGGAAAAAAAUUCAAAUAUCUGCAGACAGGGUUACAAAUGUCUGUGAAUGUGAAAAGAAAUCUGCAUUCAGCAAGCAUGCCUUGCUGGCAGCAAUUUCUCUAUUAAGUAUGACACGCAAAACUGACUUGGCGAGCAAAAAAAAAACAAAAAAAGGUCGUGGCAAUUUCAAAAGUCCGUCCAUUUGGACGAAAGUCUGCGAAAAACCCGAUUUUCAAAAGUCUGCAAAAGUCUGCAAAAGUCUGCACAACAAAAAAUGUCUGCAGCACUAUACUCGAAAUCUGCAAAUUUACUACCAAAUCUGCAGAUAUGGCAUCUCUGGGAAUGACAGCUUUGUUCCAAACGAGCAAACGACCUGUCAAAUACAGCCAUCUGACACCGGUAUGUGUGCACCAGCCAUUUGAAAGUAUACCGAUUACGUUGAGCCCCUCGCGUUUCGAGCCCCAAACACUGCGAUGUUUUGAUACUCAUCGCGACUCUCAAAUUGUGAAAAUUAUCUCCACUUGAUUUCCCAAAACACUGUUUGCUGUAUUUAAAGUAAACCGACAAGUUAUUGUGAGGGAGUCGACCCAAAAUUCACUAUUUUUGUGCACUAAACAAGGUAAACGCGUUAAACAAAUGCCUUAUGGUUUGUUUGUUUACAUUGCAAUCAGCUGAUUUUGAAGUUCCGAUUUUGAUCUCAUCAAGAUGGCGUCGUGACAGGUGGCCGGUCAAAUACAAUGUAAAGCUAACGAAAUUGCCAACAUUUCGGAUUGAAUGUUUUGAAUUGUUGUCAAUAUUACGGAUGAGCCAACAUUACGGAUGUCGUCACUCGGGUUUUAGGCACUCUAGUGAUAAUCACUUUUAUUCUGUAUUUCGAUCGAAUCGGAUUGUUCCUAUCGAAUGUGAAAUUGUGCAUUCUGCAUCUCGAUCGAGUUCGAGUUUUCCAUACAAAAGAAUCACUCGAUCUAAUUACAGAAUGCAAAUUUUCACAUUCGUUCGAAAUAAUCCGAUUCGAUCGAAAUUCAGAAUAGGGGUGAAUAUGUCAAUCUCGUUGAAAGUGAAUCUCGCUACCCCGCUUGGCAAGAAUUCCGGCAAAAGACAGAUAUCUGACUAGAAUAAAAAUAGUCGGCAGCUGUCAAAAUAGUUAAAAUUCUACCUGGAAAAUUCCAUAAAAAUGAUGUUUUGUGAUUCAUCCGUGAAGCACGCGAAAUUUGGAAAAAAAUGAGGCAAUGGUUGAAGCUCCAAAUAUAAAACAUUGUAGAAAAACUAUGCGAUUUAUUGUUAUACAAUCAUCCUAAUUUCUUAAUAUAUUUAAAUAUAUAGCAGUAAACUAUUAAAUGAAUUGUGAACAACCUUUUAUACACUAGAAUGUAUAGGUUGUUAAGUAUCGCAACAAUUUAAAUUACUCGCUUAUCUCAAACUUUUAUUCUAGGAAAACAAUUGAUUCUACGGUUUACCUACUGUUCAGAAUACCAAAAACAUAAUAAAUUCAUCUGGAAGUCGCGAAAACUAUACAUUGAUUCGUUGAAAAUAAGUUUCAUUACAUUUUCCUGUAUCUUCAAAACCAUAGAUUCGAUUGUGAACGAAUUGUUUCUGUUGUAAAAUCAAUUGUUUAUUUUUUCACGGGUCCACAUCAAUCUUAAUUGUGGAUAGACCCUGUCAGCUUAGAGAAAAACCAGUUUUCUGUUCAGCUACGCCAUCACAUUGAACUUAUGUCAAUCGUACAGCGGUCCUUACACGAGAAUUAUUUUUAAUGAUCAAUCAUGACAUUCCAAAUUUGAAUUCAUAUUAAUGCCCCUACACGUUCAUUAAAAAUGACAUUACUUUUUAGUAAUGACACUUUAAAUGAUCGUGUAAGGGCCGCUUAUGGGUGCGCAGUGCUGCGAUUUUAGCGCGCACAAAUUAGACAUUUCUCUCCCCUACCAGCUUGUAUGUGUUUGGCAAAGCUUUUGCACUACCAACAAACAUGAUAGUCUAAGCUUCUUCUCUCAUUAUGCCAGUAUUUUCAUUUUAUUCACCUGGUUUCAAGGCUUGUUUUCAUUUUGGGAUGUACAUGCAGGAUUAACGAAAAUCAAACGAAAUCGAACAGAAAAAAAAGAAGGAAGAACGAUCUUGCAAGACGUGACGUGACGAGAGAAUGAUGUAAUUUCGUCAGCAAAAUUUUGACAGCUCUCGGAAUCUUGCCAGACUUCUGCCGGUUGCCAGAAUUUCUCACAAGCGGGUACGAUAUUCGAUGUGGACGGCAUGCUCGCAAAAAAGUAUGUCGCUUACCAUUUGUUCGUCAAAUGUGAGAGCUGGAUAUGUUGAUAAUAAAAUGCCUUUGCUGUAUACAAACAGAUUCGUGUACGCUGAAUCCAUGUGAAUUGUAGAGACAUCUAAUCUCAUUUUUAAUAGGCAGACGGUAUUAUCCCAAGUUUUUACGAUACCCAACAUUGAGCAGCUUUGCUAAUGCUGGAGUAAUUUUAGUUGAUUUUUUUGCACUGUAAAAUAAUCGCAAUCGUCAACCGGAGAUGGACGAAGUGAACAAUUUCUCUCAACCGUUCUAAUGACCAUUGCACUAAGUGAUACGUUUAACUAAACUAACGAAAGGCCAAACAGUACAGACCCAAUCGACAUAAACAAAAUACCAAACCAAUGUAAACAAAAGUGCUGGUAUAAGAACAUUAUUUAACACAAAAUUUCAUAUUAUUAAAUAAUCGUAAGUGUUGUUGUUAAAUUAGUGUGGAAUUAACAUAAAUAGCAACUGUGAAAUACAAAUAAAUACAAACGUAGCGCAAAUUGCAAAACAAAAACGUGCAACGGAUUUUAUUACAAAUUCAUAUUCAACUAGCACGAAAAAUCUACAGUAUAUAGUUUUUAAAAUACCAUAAGUGAAUGUGCCUUAACUACAGAAAAAAUUCAUUGAGCAGAGUGAUGAGCACUUCAUCCGAAGGAGAGCAUAUUCAUAUAAGCACAUUUUCACAAGUUCGGAUUCAAGCGAAACAAACUUCCGUUCACUGUAACCAGCAAUUCUUCCUUCGUUGAUUCAAGCAUUAGUAAUACAAAAUAUAGCCAUGAGAGAGAGAAAGAAUUUUUCCAAUAGCAAAUUAAAAACACGUACACACGAGAUAUGCCGAUACCAGUCUAAAUAUACCAAAGUCUGUAUACAUUAGAAGUUUUGAAACAUUUUAAGACAUUAAAAUAAAACUGAACGGUUUCUGGUAUUCAAAAAAGUUAAAUUUUAAUUAUGAUUCAACAUAACUAAAAGCUAAAAUUUUUAGGAUAAUGAGCAAAAAAAACAAACACAAAAAAGAAUUUACUAUCUUAAAACAGCAUUUCAAUGGAAUCGUUAAAUACAACAAGCCCACGUUUAUAUUACAAGCGAUUUUAGAAGAAAAAUCAUGUUUGUGACUUUUUUGUGAAGUAACCGAAAAGGUAUAUUUUUGUAGUUGAGAAGAAUGUUCCAACCAAGCGUUGAAAAAUAAAUAGUACUAUGUAGCCACUAACAACAACCCCAAACAAUUUAAAGUUAAUCAACACAUCAAACUAAUUCCAAAACUCUGAUCCAUACUAGUCGUUUAUCAGUACUUCUCUACUACUAGCAUCUAAACGAACAACAAAAAUUAACGCAACCCCUCCGAGCGACAAUGACAGAAUGCGAUGCGUUCGGGAGUGAAAUCGGUGGAAUCUAAUAUGAUAUUGCUGCCUAGUCUGGCGAAUCGAAAAAUAAACCAUCUCUACUCAACAAAUGACAAAUAGUAACAUGAAAGCCGAGCAGGCACGAAACAAACGGAACAACAGUCGAGAAUGCAAAGUAAACCGAAGGAAGAAGUAUAUAGGCAAAGAUAAACAAAAGUUCAAAACAAAUCUCUAAGAAGUCUAGUCAAAUAGUAACAUAAUAUUCAAUCAAAACUAGUUAAAUACAGAGUUAAAUAAACUUAUUGCGGAUUGAGCAUUGA